UCCUGCAUAGACAGAAACAAAUACAUAGAGAGAGAGAGAGAGAGAGAGAUGGAGAUGGAACCGAGAUGCGUUCACUGCGGAUUUGGGAUAAAGACACUGUUCGUGCAAUACUCUCCUGGGAAUAUCCGAUUAAUGAAAUGCGAAAACUGCAAGGAAGUCGCCGACGAGUACAUCGAAUGCGAGAUCAUGAUUCCUCUGAUCGAUUUAAUUUUGCUUAAGCGGAAAGCUUAUCGGCAUUUUCUCUUCAAUAUGCUGAACCAAGAAAUUUAUACGGAGGGAAUAUUGUGGAAGACUAGUUUUCUUUUUCUUAUGUUGGAUGCAUGUGGGACAUUGGUUUUAAAUAGAAGUCAAGGAGAUCGCUGUUUGUCCUCAAGUUCCUUUUCAUCAGCUUGGGUAUGUGGGAAGAUGUUGGUGCAUGUUUUUUUAGGAAAUCUUGUAUUUUUCUAUGUUCUCGUUGUUGCAACAAGGGUGUUACUGAGAUCAUCAUCUAAGGAGACCAGGUACAAAGAUCUUUUGCUGGCCAUUCUUGUUUCAAGCUACUUCAAAAUUUUCCUCCUUGCCAUGAUGGUUUGGGAAUUUCCGUCUUCUGUGAUUUUCAUCAUUGAUGGUUUUGUCCUAUCAUCCAAUGCAAUCUCUUUGAAAGUGAUGACAGAGGCCACUACAAUCCGAUGUCUAGGAGCGUGUUUCAGUGCACAUGUCAUGAAGUUCUUGGCUUGCCAGAUGCUAGAAGUUAUUUCCUCAACAUCCUUAAGAUAUUUUAGAAUUAACUGUUAAUUGCCAUUUCUCUUUUGCUUUCCUUUUUUAUUUUGUAUUAUUUUUCUGGGGGAGGGGGUUGGAUCAUUGCAGGUGAGGUGUGAUCAAUAUAUGACACAGUGCUG